CCAUGGGGACGGGGCUGUUCCCGGGGAGGCUGUGAUGGGUUGACAGGUGCGUGACAGUGGGAGCUGCUCUCGGCACAAGCAUGUACGGCAAAGGCAAGAGUAACAGCAGCGCCGUCCCGUCCGACAGCCAGGCCCGGGAGAAGUUAGCACUCUACGUAUAUGAAUAUCUGCUCCAUGUAGGAGCUCAGAAAUCUGCCCAAACAUUUUUAUCAGAGAUAAGAUGGGAAAAAAACAUCACGUUGGGGGAACCACCAGGAUUCUUACAUUCUUGGUGGUGUGUAUUUUGGGAUCUCUACUGUGCAGCUCCUGAAAGACGGGAAACAUGUGAACACUCAAGUGAAGCAAAAGCCUUCCAUGAUUAUAGUGCUGCAGCAGCUCCCAGCCCAGUGCUAGGAAACAUUCCCCCAGGAGAUGGCAUGCCAGUAGGUCCUGUACCACCAGGGUUCUUUCAGCCUUUUAUGUCACCUCGGUACCCUGGAGGUCCAAGGCCCCCCUUGAGGAUACCUAACCAGGCACUUGGAGGUGUCCCAGGAAGUCAGCCAUUACUUCCCAGUGGAAUGGACCCAACUCGACAACAAGGACAUCCAAAUAUGGGUGGGCCGAUGCAGAGAAUGACUCCUCCAAGAGGAAUGGUGCCCUUAGGACCACAGUCUGACCCUUGGUUAUCAUUACAGAACUAUGGAGGUGCAAUGAGACCCCCACUGAAUGCUUUAGGUGGCCCUGCAAUGCCUGGAAUGAACAUGGGUCCAGGUGGUGGCAGACCUUGGCCAAACCCAACAAAUGCCAAUUCAAUACCAUACUCCUCAGCAUCUCCUGGGAAUUAUGUAGGUCCUCCAGGAGGUGGAGGGCCACCAGGAACACCCAUCAUGCCUAGUCCAGCAGAUAUAGAGAAGCUUGAAAAUUCAACCAACUCUGGAGACAAUAUGUAUACUUUAAUGAAUGCAGUACCUCCUGGACCUAACAGACCUAAUUUUCCAAUGGGCCCUGGGUCAGAUGGUCCAAUGGGUGGCUUAGGAGGAAUGGAGUCACAUCACAUGAAUGGCUCUUUAGGCUCAGGAGAUAUGGACAGUAUUUCCAAGAAUUCUCCCAAUAAUAUGAGCCUGAGUAAUCAGCCGGGCACUCCAAGGGAUGAUGGCGAAAUGGGGGGAAAUUUCUUAAACCCUUUUCAGAGUGAGAGUUACUCCCCUAGCAUGACAAUGAGUGUGUGAUCCAUUACCAAGUCUCCUCAUGAAAACCACAGUGAGUCAGUCCUUCACAGAACUCCUACGGAAGAGAAUUAUUCAUCGCAGUGUACAGUUAAACAAAGGAAUCUCAGUCGUACCAAACCAACCUUUUUAUUUCCUGCUCUCUCCCCUAUUUUGUGAAGAAAGCGGGUCCAAACGUGAUUCAAACAACUGUACGGAGUGGCAUAUUAGAAUUGCCCCAAACUGAACUGAAAAUACUUAUCUGUGUAUGUAUAUGUGUGGGAAAGAGAAUGCAUUGUAUAUGUGUAUGUUAUAUGGACAUUCGCACAUACAUGCAUUGACCCACAGGACAUUGUAAAAUAUCACAUGACAUAUUAAGUAGAAGUAAGUAGGGACUUUUAUUCCAUCCUUUUUUUCACGUUUACAUUUUAAUUAUUAAAAGUUGCUCCUGCCCCUCCCUGAACUAUUUUGUGCUGUGUAUAUCACUGCUUUAUAUAAGUUAUUUUUUAAGGUGAACUCAGAUGUUAUGGUUUUGUAAAUGUCUGCGAUCAUGGAUAGGAAUAAAAUUGCUUAUUUGA